UGGUGCGUUGAUACGGCAGCGCCUCGAUCGGGCGGACGUCGACAGAAUGCUGGAGCUCCGGGAUGGUGUUGCGACGAGGCAUUUGGUGCGGGAUACGGUUGUGUUGGGGUGAAGAAGGAGAAGAAGAAGCUGCUGCUGCUGCUGCGAGGGGCUUUGCGGGAGAGCUUGGUGCGUGUGCGCGCGCAUUCGUGCUGGACUGACGCAGUGUUUGUGGCGCUUCGCGUGAAGGUAUCACGGUGACGACGCUGUAGCUUGGCGCCUGCGGAGUGCGGGUGCUGUGGUCCGAGGUCCAAUGCGGAGCGUUGGUAGCUGAAGCUGGCUGGAGAUUGCGUGGUUGGGUGCGCCGGAAGUGGUUUCGUCUUUGUUAGGUGUCGCCGAGAUGGUGUAAGAGUGUGUUCUACUUCACGGCGGGGCGUUAAUCGGUGCCGGAGCGUUGAGGCGGUUUCCCGGUUUGGGAAGUUGGUUGGAGUUGUUGUUGAGCGUGGUGGCGUCUGAGCUACGCCGGUUUUGGCCAUUUCGAGUCGGCGAGAAUGUGGGCGCUGUAGUGUUUUCCUGGACGGCUCUGUCGUGGUGGUGUGGAGGGCGUGCGUAGGCGUGGGCAUGUGAGGAGGAGUGGGAGACGGAGCGCCUUGGGAGGUUCCUUAUGCAAACCCGGAUCCGUGGACGUGAUUGUGGAAGAGGUGCAGGGGAAGGCAGUGGAAGUGGAGAAAGAAGACAUUUGGAGGGGUUGGGCGGGGAUUUUUCCCGCUGCCAGGGUAGGGAAAUGGCCCUGCGAUGAGAUUUGGAGUGCGCAGGAAGCAUUCUUGGGUGACGGCGGGAGGAUAGUAGUGGAGGAUGGUGGCUGGAGCAGACCAUGAAGAGGGGAAGAUGAUCUCAGAGAAAGGAGGGGGCCACGAGAAGUGCUCGCUAGAGAAGUCGAAGAAGAAGAAGCAGGAUAGUCGUGCAGCUGCUCCGAGCGGCGAGAGGACGUCGGGGAGGGGUGAGGAUUUGACGUCCCCUGAGACGAACAAGAGCUCGUAUGUGACAUGUUCAUCAUCGAUGCCCUCAUCUCCCCUGAAUUGUUCAGCACUGUCUAGCAUUGCAGGCGGGAGUGGCGUGGGAAGAGAGGUGCUGGGGAAAGGCAGCGGGGCAGACAGUGGGAGUCCGUUUACUCGGAGUCCAGGGUCGUCGAUUGAUCUGUCUUCGUCGUCGUUCAAGUCGAGCGUGAGCGGCAGCACGUACGGGAGCUCGCAGGACCGAGAGAGCGUGGGGGACCGAGAGAAGGGAGGUGCAGAAACAGAAGCAAGCGGUGAUCGGGAGUCGGAGUCGAGAAUUGGAGCACGUGCGAAGCAGGCAGGGGUGGUAGAAGAGGGCAAGGGCUCCAAGCUCCCCGCAAGGAGCCACAGUGGAAGUAUGACCGGGGAUUCCUCUGGUGCCCCGAAAUUGAGCAAUGGUUUGGAUGCACAGCGGGGAGGAAAUGAUGCAGGGGACGAGCAUGCGUCCGAAAAGGCCACGAGAGCUCAGUCUUGUAAAGAGAGCGAAAGGGGCACAGGGAAGCAGACGAACAACGAAGUCGCCGAAAGCGGCAAACGGAACAGCAGGGUGGACUCGGCGAGGGAGACGGAGUCUGCGCGGAACAGCGGGAAGUUGAGCAUGAGUCGGGCAAGUGCUGGGAGCGAUUCGAACGAGAGCUCUUGCAGCAGCAUUGGUUACGGUGCCAGCAAGCCUCACAAAGCAAACGACAAGAGGUGGGAAGGGAUUCAGGCAAUUCGAGUGAGAGACGGGGCCCUGGGAUUGUCACAUUUCAAGCUGUUGAAGAGGUUGGGGUGCGGCGAUAUCGGGAGCGUGUACCUCGCUGAGCUUCGUGGCAGCCACAGUCACUUUGCAAUGAAGGUGAUGGACAAAGGAUCGCUUGCGAGCCGCAAAAAGCUUUUGCGAGCUCAGACGGAGAGGGAGAUUCUGCAGUCUUUGGACCAUCCGUUCUUGCCUACACUGUACACGCACUUCGAGAGCGAGAAGUUUCUGUGUCUGGUGAUGGAGUUCUGCUCCGGUGGAGACCUGCAUACUUUACGGCAGCGGCAACCAGGGAAGCACUUCACGGAGCAGGCAGCAAGAUUCUAUGCCGCGGAGGUGCUUCUGGCGCUGGAAUACCUGCACAUGAUGGGAGUGGUGUAUCGAGAUUUGAAACCUGAGAAUGUGUUGGUGCGGGAGGACGGGCACAUCAUGCUUUCGGAUUUCGAUCUUUCUCUGAAGUGUGCGGUGAGCCCUACUCUGGUGAAAUCGAUUGGGCACGAUUCACGGGAUGGGAAGAGCUCUGGAUCAUACUGCAUGCAGCCGACGGCGUGUGCCGAGCCAUCAUGCACGGGUGGCUUCGAGGCUUGCGCCCACCCUGGAGGAAUGUCGUGCGUGACCCCGUCGUGUUUUGUGGUGAAAUCGUCGCUGCCGAGUUUGUUUCCCAGAUUUUCGAGGAAGAAAAAGGAGGGGAAGAGUGCGAAGCCAAGCCCGGGAAAGCCGAAAACGAAGUCGAAAGCGGAGGGUGGACAGUCGGUGUCGCCUUUGCCAGAGCUGAUUGCAGAGCCGACGAGUGCACGGUCGAUGUCUUUCGUGGGGACUCACGAGUACCUUGCACCCGAGAUCAUCAAAGGCGAUGGUCACGGGAGUGCGGUGGACUGGUGGACGUUUGGAAUCUUUCUGUACGAGUUAUUGUUUGGGAAGACUCCGUUCAAGGGGUCUGGCAACCGAGCAACUCUGUUCAACGUAGUGGGACAGCCUCUGAAGUUCCCGGAGUCGGCGACAGGGCAGGUGAGCUUUGCGGCUCGAGAUCUGAUCCGUGGGCUCCUGGUGAAGGAACCCGUGCACCGGCUGGCGUCGAAGAGAGGAGCUGGCGAGAUCAAGGCGCAUCCAUUCUUUGAAGGCGUGAACUGGGCGCUGAUACGGUGUACAAGCCCUCCAGAGGUGCCCCGACCUUUCGAACCUGGUCCGUCGCUGAGCAGUUCAACGGUGUCAGACGACACGUCCGCGAGCAAAGGGGCAAAAGCUGUUGGCGGUGCAGAUACCCCGGGCACAGCAGGCAAUGCAGUAGCGGGGAACAGUGAGAGUAAUGACAAGGCGUGCGAGAAGAAGAAUAGCAAGGGAUCAGGGACUGCUGGCGUGUCGACUCAAUCGUCGGGAGGAUCAUACUUGGACUUGGACUUCUUUUAGCAUGUGACGGAGGGAUCGAUGUGAGAGGAGCAUUUUUCAAUCCAUGUGGAUGCGGGCCGUGCAUUUUGGUUCGCAAUAUGUAUAAUUUGAAUGAUCCUACUUCCACUUGACGGUGUUGUGGGGUUUUUGGCUACUGUUGGGGUUUGGUCAGUGCAGCUGGGGAGCUUCAGCUUUUUUAUAUAUUAAAUUUUGAUCAUUUGAAGGGAAAAUUUUAUACGUACCCUCAAAAUAUGUUGAAUUAUCAAGGAUACCCCUGUAUUCUUGAUAACAGGAAAUUUACCCUUGACUUAUGUCAGAA